AAAUAACCUGUGUACUGUACCUUUUGAUGGAAAUCUUAAAACGAUAGCCUAGCUUGAGCUAGUUAAAUACAGAAAAAGGCAUAAACAGCACCAACAUUUAUAACUAUCACCAAAAUAUGGAGAGAUUAUUAUUUUUAGUCAAUGUUAGCUAAGCCAACGUUAGCCUAAAAAUGUCAUCUAUAAACUAAUAUAGCGUUAGCUAUAAAACGUUAGCUUUAGCAUUAGCCUACUAGAAGAAGUGCUAGACAAACUGUAAUAUUAUGCAACGUUCGUUGUGGGGAUAAUUUAGCUUAGCUUAUAGCUCUUGAAAGAGCUUUGUCAGCAAAUGGAACAUUUUGAUGCUAACAGGAUUGGGCAAGAUGUAUGGGGACAUGACUUUAAAUUCAUAAAAGUGUCACAUAUGAGCAAUGCAAGGCUAUAGGUUGAGUAAUAUACCCAGUGCAGAAAUAGGAGGGAGGUUUGAGCCACUCUGCAUACGGCUCCUGGAGGACCUGCCCCGUGCCCUGACAAGAUUUUACAAACUUCAGGACUUCUUUCUGCGGAUCGACUCCAAAGUCAUGAUGAUCAGAACUGCGUCCAUAGCAAAGGGGCUCCAUCCUGCAGUAAGACUCCAAUGAUGGACCUACCCACCUGCCUGAUGAACUUGUACUUCAGAGCAAUGAGACCUCCAGUUUUCUGCCAUGGUGUUUACUCUGAGGCUGCCAAAGGAGGACGGAGAGGGGAUCCAUUUGUCCCAAGGGUGCAGCAGCUCUUCAGGAUGAGGAGUGAGCCCUAUAGAGGCCUACACCAGCCAUCUCAUUCAUUACAUGCACCAUGCGUCCUGUCAGACGUACAGGCGGGCAGGACACUUUCAGACAAAAAGGGUUUUUCAGGAGAAAUCAGAGUGAGCAGUGUGGUAGAAGAUGUCUGCAGAGGGAAGGGAUGCGUCACUGGAUUAGUGCCUGAGAAUCUGUCCCAGCCUCUUCCUCCUGAUCUGCUGAGACGCCUCCAGAAGGGCACGACACUCACUGCUCGCUUUUCCCUCCACCAAGCCUUCCACAUGAGCCAGCCAAGCCUUACCUCCCCACCAGGAUGAAGAAAGAAAAGAAAACGCAUGCUUUACUGUUUCUCCUCCUGCUUCACUUCACCUUGGCAAGGCAAUCAGACUAUGCGCCAUAUUUUUAUGAUAAUGGACCCAGCAGUACAAAUGGGAAUAUGGCCUUGUUCAGCAUCUCUGAGGAUACACCAGUUGGGACACAGAUAUACAUUCUGAAUGGUACAGAUCCAGAGGGAGAUCCGGUACGAUAUGGUCUGACUUUUGAAAAGGGCUCUAUAGAAUAUUUUAUGGUGGACCCCAAAUCAGGGAAUGUGACUCUAAUUCAGGAGCUCGACAGAGAGAAACAAGGUGAAAUCUCAGUGCUCAUAAGCAUAACGGACGGUCGCAAUAAAGUUGUUGAGACUGUGAGAGUGUUUGUCACUGAUGCCAAUGAUGAACCACCUGAAUUUCAAAACCUGCCCUUCAUCAUUGAUAUCCCAGAGGAUACUGCUCCAGGAAGUAGCAUCUACAGAGUCCAAGCGGUGGACAAAGAUAUGGGCUCAGGAGGCAGCGUCUCAUAUUAUCUACAGACCUCAUCAUUUGCCAAGUUUACCAUCGAUGGGCACAAUGGUAUCCUUAGAGUCAAACCUGGUGAGACUUUGGACUACGAGACCACGCCCACGCACUUUGUGACGGUGGUUGCAAAGGAUGGAGGUGGAAAGUACAAAGGGAAGCACCAGGUGAUGACCUCCACAGCCACCAUAACAAUCAAUGUAAUUGAUGCCCAAGACAUGCCUCCAUCUUUCAUAGGAACCCCUUACUUUGGCUACGUCUAUGAAGUCUCAGUUCCUGGUUCUGAAAUAUUCUCUGUGUACGCUAAAGAUGGAGAUCAAGGCAAUCCCAACCUAAUACACUAUUCCAUUAUUAAUGGUAGUGAUGAUGUCUUUGUCAUAAACAGCACCAGUGGAUGCAUCACCCUGACAACUUAUCCAUCUCUGCUGAAAAAUGAAUUAUAUGAAAUUAAAGUCAAGGCGUCUGAGGUAGGACCAAACGAUCAGCUGCUGGAUUACGAAGUUACCAUGGUGACGGUCCGGGUUGUGGAUCUCAACAACCAUCCUCCGACCUUUUACGGAGAGAACGGACCACAGAGCAAGUUUGAGGUCACCAUGUCUGAGCAUCCUCCUGCCGGAGAGAUCCUCCGAGGCUUUAAGAUCACAGUCAAUGAUUCAGAUCAGGGAGCAAACGCUAAAUUUAAACUGAGACUCGUGGGGCCGAGUCGAGUGCUGCGAGUUGUUCCCCAGACAGUCCUCAAUGAAGCGCAGGUGACCAUCAUUGUGGAAGACACAUCUGGCAUCGACUAUGAAAAGGGACCAACACUUUCUUUUAAGCUGCUGGCAGUGGAGAUCGACACUCCUGAGAGGUUCAGUGCAACAGCUGACAUAGUGAUCAACCUGCUGGACACCAACGACAACAUCCCUAAAUUCACGUCCGAGUAUUACAUUGCCAGGGUCCCUGAGAACUCUCCUGGAGGUUCCAGCGUUGUGUCUGUAACAGCAAAUGAUCCAGAUUCAGGGCCUUGGGGUGAAGUCAAAUACACGAUUUAUGGAUCAGGAUCAGAUUUGUUUGCCAUCCACCCGUCAUCAGGCCUCAUCUCCACGCAGCCCUGGACCAGCCUGGAUGCAGAAGUCAGGUCUAAAUACAACUUUUAUGUCAAGGCUGAAGAUUCAGAGGGGAAGUACAGCUUGGCUGAAGCCUUUGUCACUGUCCUCGACAUGAACGACCACUCUCCAGAAUUUGAUGAAAAACUCCUGGAAAAGACUAUGAUUAUUGGUACACCUGUCAGAGUAGAGGCAGUGGAUGAAGAUGCAGAGUCUCCAAACAACGUCAUCGAGUACUCCAUCAUGACAGCCGAUCCUGACAAUGCAUUUGAAAUAAAUGCAGACACUGGGGAGAUCAAGCUGAAGCCGUACAUCAAGUCCAUGGAGAUUGUGCAGAACAUCACCAAGCAGAAGGACUGCAAGUGGUCUCUGGUGGUCCAAGCCAGGGACAGAGGUUCUCCAUCCUUCAGCACAACAGCCGUGGUCAAUAUCGAUAUCACCGAGGCGACUCCUCUCAAGGGGCCUAUGGCGGCCUUUUUAAUGAAAAGUAGGGACAAUCCUAUGAGAGCUCUAGGCAUGGUCACUGUUAUCAUUAGCGUAUUGGUGGGGGUGACUGUCUUGAUCUCUACGGCUUUGUACAUGCGCAACUCAAAGUCAAACAGGAUCAUGCCGGCACGUCGCAUCAUUAAGAGGCGACCCCGGGACCAGCAGCCCUGGACCUUCAGGAUGCCCGUUAUCAAAUUCAACGACCCUGCAGAUAAGUUCCUCAUCGACAACCCAGAGAGUGGCCGCCAGCGGGACACCAACAAACACCGGCUGAAGCCUCCACCCCCCAGUGCUCCGAGUCUGCCCCCUCCACCCCCGUCUAACACACGGCCCAGUGAGAGGCUCCGGGCAGUCCCAACAAUAUCCGGUGCGCUGGCCUCCAAAGGCUCCAAGAAAGCUAAAUCUAGUCGCCGCAAAGAGGGAAAUGUCAGCUCUGCUUUAGUGUCAGAGCUUAAAAUGAAGCUGGAGCAGAAAAUCAAUGAGAGCAACAAAGGUUAUUAUUAACUCUACUACUCGUAGCUCAUCUACUGUCCGAGGGUCCUCACCUGAACUUCAUGUGAUGACCUGGUAGGUAGGCCUGCCUUUAGAUUAUUUAUGAGUAAAGGGUAUAAGAGGAAGGUUUGCAGAUAUUUAUGUCUUAAGACAAGAUAUUAAACAAGUGGGCUCCAUUGCAUCCUCAGUUGACCUGGCUUAGGUAAAGAGAGGAGAGCGCUUGAGUCCGUCACUGGUGCAGUUGAAGAUAAUUCACCACACUGCCAUCUUGAGGAAGAUUACAUCAUCUUAACAGUAAGAAGCACCACUGUAAAUUGUCCAGGGAGAGGAUUACUACGACUUAAUGUGUAUACAUAAGUUGCAUAAUUUCCUGAAAAGUGUAAUGUUCACGACCAUGUAAUGUUUUCAACACAGAACUAGGAUUUCACCCAAUAAAUCCUACCAAAAAAACAUUUCUUCUUGCUCACUGGAGCAUGCAGCUGAAUGAAAGAGUCAUGAAAAAACAACACUGCUUCUUAUAAAGUGCUAAAGGACCUGUGUGUUAAUAUUUUUACUGUGUUACAUCAGCCGCUUGAAAGCUGAGAAGUUGCUCUUUUGUAUGAUUACAAUGUGCCACUGUAGGUUUUCACAGUAACACGAGCUAACAGAGUUGCUUUUAUUUAUUUGAGUGUCAUUCUAGAAAAAUGCUUUUAUAUAAAUAACAUGGGUCCAUUUUAAAUGUACAGCAUUGUAUUAUUUACAUUAUUUUGAGUAUACAUAUAUGACAAGAUAUGAACAUUUCCCAGUUGUAUCUUGUAGCACAAUAAUCAUAUGCUUAAGAUUUUAAAGCACAGAUCACCAUGCAUAUAACCGGCUUGGUCAUUUCUAUUAGAGAUAUAGAUAUUGAAAUAUAGAGAUUGUGUCGAACGUUUAGAGUCCACGCACAGUUACUUUCCAUGUUACUCUUCAAUGCCUUCAAAUGCAGGCAAAUAACAUGUGAGUCAUUUAAUUGCUGUAAUACAUAUCUUGUAUCUGACUAUAUCUUAACUCAUACCUAUCUUAAAUAAGUUGAGAUAAACUAUAUAUCUUAACUAUAAAUUACACUUGCCUGGUCCUUCGAAGUAACAUAUUUGUACCGUCUUUGUACUGUCUUGAUUUUGAAUAAAUAUUUGAAAAUAA